GUCACAUGAACAAAGUUUCGGCACACUGCUUCGUGAUCAGCUGCUUUGAAACUUCGGUGUCUGUCUCCAGAUGUUUGCUGGUGUAACAAAGAAUGGACAAUAACAAUGGCACCGUGGUCUUCAAUGCGUCCAAAAGAGAGCUGUUUACCACAAACAAUGGCUUCAAAUCACUGCAGAAGAGAUUCAGGGCUCAGUGGAAAGUCCAGAGCCUGAAGGAAGAGCUGACUGAGGAGCGGCUGAAGGGAGUCAAGCUGUGGAUAACUGCAGGUCCAAGGGAGAAGUUCACUGCAGCAGAGUUGGAAGCACUGAAGUUCUACCUUGAUGGAGGAGGAGAUGUUCUUGUCAUGCUCGGUGAAGGAGGAGAAACAAAAUAUAUCACUAAUAUUAACUUCCUCCUGGAGGAGUUUGGAAUAACAGUCAACAGUGAUGCAGUUGUGAGGACGAUGUACUACAAGUACUUCCAUCCGAAGGAGGCUCUUGUGUCCAACGGUGUGUUGAACAGGGAGAUCAGUCGGGCAGCAGGCAGAAUUGUUCCAGGAUUUAUUGAAGAUGAAACUGUUGGACCUGGCUCACACGCUCUGACGUUUGUCUACCCACACGGUGCCACGCUGAAGGUGCAGAAGCCUGCUGUGGCUGUUCUUUCCACUGGAUCCAUCUGCUUCCCUCUCAACAGGCCUGUCUUGGCCUUACAUCACAGAAAGGAAGGGGGCAGACUGGCAGUGCUGGGCUCCUGCCACAUGUUCAGUGACCAGUACAUAGACAAAGAGGAGAACGCCAAAAUCCUGGACAUUGUGCUCCAGUGGCUUCUGACUGAUAAUAUUCAGCUGAAUCGGAUUGAUGCAGAAAAUCCAGAGAUCCCAGACUACAUGAUGCUGCCGGACACAGGCUGUACGUCAGAACAGCUCAGAGUGGGGAUACAAGAAAGUGAGGAGAACCCCAGAGACUUCACCUCUCUCUUUCAUUCUUCUUUUUUCACUCUGUCAGCAAACACUUUACCCCAAGUCACCAGUGUUUACAAGCAGCUGAAUGUCAAAUAUGAGCCUCUGCAGCUGAUCAUGCCGCAGUUUGAGAUGCCCCUGCCUCAGCUUCAGCCUGCUGUCUUCCCUCCCACGUACAGAGAUCUGCCGCCACCUGUGCUGGAUUUGUUUGACCUGGAUGAAGCCUUCGCCUCGGAGAAGGUGCGCCUGGCACAGCUCACCAACAAAUGUACAGAGGAGGAUUUGGAAUACUACAUACAGAGGUGUGGCAACAUCUUGGGGCUGACUGCAAAGCUAGAGAAGGACCACAGAGACCCCAAGCACAUUCUGGAACACGUUUUCUUCCAUGUUGGGGAGCUGAAGAAGGUCAAUCAGGAGCAGGACGUGGACACAGAGGGAGCACUCACACGGCCUGAAGAAAGCGUCACACCCACACAGUGACACCUUACUGAGACACUUUUAUUUAAGCACAUUUAAAAUGGGUACAGGAACUCAGACUAACAAUACGGACACAAGGCUCUUCACUCAUCGGUCACUGCAGAGUAAGACAGAAGACAUUUAUCCUCGGUACACAGCGGCUGCAGAGGCACAUCCUCCUGAGAGAGUUCAUUCAGAGACGGGGGUGCAGACUGAAGGCUUGGACUCCAGGUCAGCUCCAGCACGCCAAGCUCCAGGCCAGGCCUGGGGCUGCUGGUCUCAGACUUUAUCAGAGACACGUCCCACGGAACCUGAGGGUACAACUGCUCAAGAGGUCCAGUCUUCUGGUUUUGACUAAAGACUUGAGGUGUGGAAGACUUCCCCGGCAGAGGUGCAGUCAGGGUACAGGUGUCCACCUCCCAAACACUGAAGCAGGUAGCAGGAAGAG